GUGAAGCCACGUCGGAUAGCUAACCUUUAUUGUGCUGCACACUAUUAAAACCACGCUGAUAAAAUGUUGUUCCAAUAGCAACACAAACUCUAUGCGACCACAGUUUUCUACCCUCAGUUGCUAGGUCCUUUAUGAACGCGGCCACAGAAGCCAACUGAUAGCUAGAUAUCAGCUGCAAGGACGCCCUCAUAAAUGCUAGCCCCUGUCAAAACAAAGAUGAAUGACAACAUUGAGUGAGUAGACACCUUCUGGUUGUACCACAUCAUGACUACGAGUGCUGGAGGAAUGAAGCUGAGCCACUCCCCUCACCAGACCUCUUUCACCCGCCUCCUUCUUCCCCCCCCCCUGGUAGGCAGCGAGACGAGCGCACAGAUCUACUCCGCUCUUCCCUAUUUGUAAAGGACGACCCCGGGUCCAGAAAGCUUGUGAGGACCCGAUCACCACCCGCUGAAAUGCAGCAUGGUGCAAAGGAAGCGGAUGUGCAGCUAGUUUGCGGUGCCCAGCAGAUCUGUGAGUGGCACAUCUUUGCAACCUAACAAAGCUUUGGGAGUCUAUUAAUGGAGGAGGAAUAUCUGGGCUCUCCUUGCGUGGAUUUGACGGCGCCUUUGCGUGACUCGUGGAACUCUAUAGAUCGCCAGCAUUUGAACGGGGAGGCUAAUUCCAAGGAGGAGCAUGUCGACGAGUGGGAGGAGACGAUAUGGCUGCCGCGAACCCUGAACUGCACAACCGCCGCCGCCGCGCUCUCCUUCGCCACGGUGCAGUGGGAGAUCCCUGACGCCGCCACAGAGAGGCGGCCUUUGGCAGCAGACGGCAGCGCGACCUGCGUGUCCGACUCCGGUACUUCUUGUUUGCCGUUGCACAAACAUCACGAUGAUGAGGAGGAGGAAGUGGAUCGGAGAGAGGAACAAAAUGGCUCUGACUCAUCAGUGAACUCCAAGUGUGUGGGAAAUGACUUCAAGCCAUGUGAUGCUGCAGUCGGACGAGAGCCGAUGACACAACAAAGGCAACAUUCAACACAUCAGCCCCGCCUGAGCAGCCACGACGCCGCCGCGCUGAAGUCUGAUUCAGAGGAAGAGGGGGAAGACUGCAUCACAUCCCAUGCGGUUGCAGUAGUGGAUUUACGCCCAGAAGAACCACGGGAUGAUGCGCCGAUGACUGGACGCGCCGAUUCAGCAGGAGACAACCAAACUUCAUUUCAAGGCGGAAAGAUGGCGGAAGGGAGCAAAAAGUGUCCUGAUGAAUGCGUCACCAACCCUGUUAACGUGGAGGUCCCUACACCGCCACAAAAAACUGACAAUAAGGGACCAACUUGUGAGCUUACUAAGGAUGUACGUCCUGCGGUAGCCACAAGUCAAGGAGCUUCAGUUCCUGGAGGUGAUUAUGCCGAGAUAUUAGAAACAUCUGUAGAGAUACAGACAGAACCAAGUAAGUCCUCACAGAACUUCGGACUGCCAGAGCAGACCCAAACAAACAAUACAGCUCACUGUGAAGGCUCAGUCCACGUGGGACAGCUGCAUGGAUUAUUUGAGGAAAAGGUUUCAAUCCUGCCUGUGGACUCUGAAGCGCAGCAGGAGGAGAACCGAACAGCUCAGCAAGCCUCAUCCUUGCCCCAGCACAAAGGUCCUACAGAGACUAAAACGUCACACGAGGCACAGGAGGUCAAAGGCGUUCUUAAUGGAUCCGUAACGGUACUUAUGGCAAGUGAGGAGACAAGCCGAAGGUCAGAGGAAGCGACGCCUUACAUGAAUGGCGGCGACGUGGACAGAGAGAGGGUGUGCUGCCUCGCCCAACGCCUAUUUAAGCUGGAUGGGAUCCAGCGAGUGGAUGUGGUGAAGCACCUUGACAAAGAUAAUGCCUUCAGUCAUGCGGUUGGAGAGGAAUACCUCAAGUUCUUUGAUUUCACCGGGCAAACUCUGGAUCAAGCCCUGAGGUCUUUUUUAAAAGUGGUCAUCCUGCUAGGAGAGACCCAGGAGAGGGAGCGGGUGCUGCAGCACUUCGCCGGGCGCUUCCAUCAGUGCAACCCGGACUCCUUCUUCUCGAGAGAGUCUGUGUUGGCUCUCACGUGCGCUCUCAUGCUCCUCAACACAGACUUGCAUGGACAGAAUGUUGGAAAAGCCAUGUCCUCUUCCAAGUUUGUGUCCAACCUAGAUGGGAUGAACAAUGGAGAAAACUUCAGCAAAGAUCAGCUGAAAUGUCUGUACAACUCCAUCAAGAGCGAGCCAUUGCAGUGGGCGGUUGACGAAGUGGAGCUGACGUUGGCGUUGACGGGGGAGGACGCACCCUUGCGGUCUAAGAGCAACCCCUUCCAGGACGUUCCCCAUGACAAGGCGGCGCCGGUAGUCAAGCAGGGCUUCCUUCAGAGGAAGAUCCAUGCCGACAUCGACGGGAAGCGCACCCCUUGGGGUAAAAGGCGCUGGAAGACAUUCUACGGCGUGUUGAAAGGAAUGGUCCUUUACUUACAGAAGGAUCACAGUAGGAAGGAGCAGCAGGCUAACGAGGAGGUGGUGAGUGUACAUCACUCGCUGGCCGAGCCAGCGGUCGACUACACAAAGAAGCCGUAUGUGUUCCGUCUGCAGACGGCCGACUGGAGGGUUUUCCUUUUUCAAGCUUCAUCCAAAAUGGAGAUGAUGUCGUGGAUCAACCGCAUUAACCUGGUGUCUGCUCUCCACUCCUCUCCUCCGUUCCCUGCUGCCGUCGGCUCCCAGAGGAGGUUUUGCAGGCCGAUCCUGCCCGCCUCGCAAUCCGCUCACACUCUGGAGCGCCAGCUGCAGUCUCACACCAGAAUGCUGGAGUCCUUCAAAGCUGACCUAUCGCAUCUCCAGGAGAACCUGCCGGAGGGCAGAAAGGGCAGAGGAAAGGAGAUGGAGGAGCAUCGUACCAGAGCGGAGUACCUGCAGCACGAGAUCUGUCGGUACGAGAGCUACUCAUGUGUGCUGCUGGCCUGGAAGAGCGUCCAGAAGACCAGCGACGGCGGCGCUUUGAUCACCGCCGCCCUCGGCGUGUUUGACAAAGCCAUGUGCGCGUCCCCUCUGGUUGAGAAGGACGAUGAUGAAAAAGGCCGUCUGACCAAAUCACACUCCAGCCCCUCCCUGGAGCUGGAGAUGACGCCGCCCAGCACCAUCAAAGUCAAGCGCAACAUUUCAGAAAGGUGGACUUACCGUAGGACCAUCACGCCUCGACUGAAUAAGGACGCAUGACAGCAAGUAAUUCCGGAAAUGCUUUGAUAGCUAAUCCCGACCACACCUUUUUGUUUUUACCUCGUGCACUUUGACAAACACAAUUAAUCUCAGGAAUUCCCGAAUUCUCUCAGGAUGUGGAAGAACCUGAUAUUUCAUUUGUUGAGUGACCAAAAAUAUGUGGACCUGAUAGACACCUUUUUUUAUUGUAACUUUGUGCUGUGUAGAAAUAGUCAAACAUGCCUACCUGGUUUGUGACCACUAGGGGAUGCUGGAGUACCGGACACCUUGAAGCCAAUAAGGUCGUUAUUGCACUUUGUCAUUUUUUUAAAUAAGUGUGUUAUUCAUAUGAAGGGUUUAUUUUGUACAUGUUUUAAAUGUGUCCAGUACUAAAGGUGUGUUUCAUUUUUUAAAUAUUAAUUUUAAACACCAAACAAGUCAGAAUAUCUGCUGUGGAAAGGCUCCAGCCUCAAAAUGUGUCAAAAGAAAUACCAUACAAUGAAGGACUGAUCUUUAUUUCACGUAAGAUUUUUUUCACCAAUGAAUUAAAAGGCUCUUGUAAUAUCUUGUAAA